AGCCAGUUUCAAGCUCAAUUCGUCUUCCGAAGACUCAAUUUUCGUGUACCAGGGAAGAAAAUGGAAGGGAAAAAUACCCAAAUGUGUGAUUGGCAAGUUGAGUUCGAGUAAGCACAAUGGUUGGUGUAGACCAUAUUAAGAGAUCUAUGCUUCCCAAAAAGAUUUGUGAUGGCUGGAAAAUGGUAUCUCAUGCCCAUGUUCCUCGAAAGUUGAGAUCGGCCAUUAAGAAGAGAAAUGGAGCACUGAUUUCGUUGCCUUUUUCGGGAAACGGGAAGCAUAAGAAAAGCAAAAAGAAAUCAGAACUGAAUUUGGGAGAAGAAAAACAUAAGGAUGUUAUGGGGUCAAAAAUCACCGAAGAUGAGCAAGAAGUUGCAGAAGCUUUGUUUGCUCUUGCAGGCCUUGCAGCUAGUUCUAUAUGUUCAUUAAACGCUGAAGGCUCCGAACCAUCUUCAAAUGCUGAAGAAACUGUCAAAUUCCAAACACCAUCAGAUGAUCAACUCCACAGAUUUAUACCAACUAACUUGAAUGUGGAUAGCAAUGGUGUUGCUGGUGAUGGGUCUAAACUAUAUGGAAACAACACUUUCAUUGCCCAAAGAACUCAAACCCCAAAAUCCAUUUCGGAAAAGGAGUCGUGGAAGCGAAGCUGCACACAUGUUUAUGUAAGCCGACUGAUUAAAGUCUUACAGAGAUCUCAUGGGACUUUAGCUGAUGAAUUGCUGUAUCAAUCAACACCACAAAGUAGUGUAUCCAAGCAGAUUCUAUUGCCGCCACCUUACCCUGUGGUGCCGCCAAGACAGGGAGAAUUACAAAAUUGGCCAACUCACUUUCUACCAGCGCCAUACAGAGUGGUGGGUGCUUCCCAUAUACUGGAAUGGCAAAUUGUAGGGCAGAAUGGACAUUCCCUUCCCCAGUCUGCCCCCAAGUUUCUGAGCCCCCAUGAUUCCUUGCACCCACUGCAACAGCUGCAGUCAGGGGCGAUGGCUAGAGGGCAGUAUUGUCAUUUACCUGACGACGGCUUUGACGGAAAUGGGCUGCCGGGAGGACUGUACCACAGUAGCAUCCCAACUUUGCAAAUGCUCUGCAAUGGUCACCAUUGAUUUAUUUUAUUUUAUUUUAUUUUUCCCUCUUCUUUUUGUACAUCCAUAUCCAUGAAUGAAUACCCAUUCAUAUAUAUCUGAGGACUGUUACUAUGUGCCAAUUGAGAAAUAUAUAUACAUAUACGGUCGGCAAGGUUCUUUUG